ACAUUUUCCUGUCUUAUGUAUUAUUGUAUACGAGUUUUGUAUUUUUGCUUACCUUUGCGCUUUAUAUUAAUAGAAGUGUCCCUAAGUUCUAUAUUUAUUAAUAUUGUUAAAUAUCUGAAAUCUGCAAGCCCUACAUAACCCCUAAGGACCCAGAAAUCAAUAGCAGUGUACAUUUUUUUCGUGAUUCGGCUUCAGAAAUGUCUCAACCAUUUCGUUAUGUAAAUGUGGUACCAAAUAUUAAAAUAAAGAAAGAGGUAGUAGAAGAUGAUGAUGAAGUUAUUGUACAUUGUCGGCUGUGUAGUAAGGGAUUCGUGAGCGAGAUGGCGCUGCGGAACCAUGCCCGCAUGGAGCAUUUUGAGUCGUUCGCAACUGGAGACAGCAAGGUCUGGAUGAGGACUCCUCCAUCAUCUCCAAAACGCAAUGCAUCUCCUGAUCGCUUCGACCCAAAUAUACAGAUCAAAAAGGAAACGGAAGAAUUACUCUCAACCAUGGAACCAGGCAACCUCAUGAGCUUAGCCUCCGAGGAUGUCAGCUACAUCAUCAUCAAGGCAGAAGAUCUUCCAAAUCUGAAGGCAACCAAGAAGAAGGAUGUCAAAGUGAUGAAGGUGCCAAAACCUGUUACUACAAAGAAGGAAAAAGAGCCCCCGCAGCCCAUUACGGGUCCAUUCGAAUGUCUGCAACCGUCGACCCUGGUGGCGGACGGCACAUGCCACCAAAUCUUCUUCUCGUGCUGCGAGUACUCAGUCCACUUCAGGGACGAGCACACCAGACGCCGCAAGGGGCACAGGUGCCAGGUCUGCGAGAAGCCGCUUCUCCUUUGCGACGAGGCGAUACCAUAUCCAUGCGAGGUAUGCGGCGUGGGUUUCCAGACCAACAAGGAGCUCAUGGAUCACAUGUCUAUAGUUCACGUGAAACUGAAGCCAUUCGAAUGCACAGUUUGCUACAAACGCUUCACACAACAGAGCGGAGUCCAACAACAUAUGCGGAUGCACACUGGAGACCGUCCAUUCCCCUGCACCUUCUGCCCCAAAGCGUUCACCCAGAAGUCCGGCCUCGACCAGCAUCUUCGCAUACACACCAAAGUGAAACCGUACCGCUGUGUCAUCUGUAACAAAGCAUUCUGUCAGUCCGUACACCUCAAACAGCACAUGCGGACACACACAAACGUGUCGCCGUUCCAAUGCGGCAUCUGUCAGAAAAAAUUCAAGCAAAGCAGUCACCUGAAGUACCAUCUCAAAAACCAUAACCCCUCGAACAUGACCGAGGAACAGAAGCAUAAGUACGCAGAGCUGGUGGGCAUGAUACAGAAGGAGGUGGAAAUGGAAGUGGAUCCGGUGGAGAUCCAAAUCGAGGAUAUGCAAGGAGAGCAGUACGUAGUGGCCGUCCAGGGGGUGCAGAAUGAUUUCCUGGAAGAAGCGAGCGAUGGCACGUGGAAUGUGAAGAUGGUUAACAAUUGAGGCAAAUUGACUUUGUGUUGUAUCAAAGUGGUUAUAGCAAUUGUAAUAGAAGGAAUUAAAAAUACGACUUCCUUGCCAAGAAAUGAACUAUUAAAAAAAAUAUAGUCUCACGAGAUUAUUGAAGGAUUUUAACUAUACUAUUGUACUAUCGGGUACUAUCUGUAUCACUCCAAUAUAUAUAUAUAUUAGAUAUUCCGCUGGGUCAUCAUCCAUUUCGAGAUCUCCCAUAUCAGUCGGAUAUCUAUGUUCAUUACGACCGGGUGCCUCAUUUCAUUAUUAUAUAUUGGAUAAACCCUAUAUAUUAUAUCCAUUAUUAAAUUAAUUAUACUAGUUUCUACCUUGAAGCAGUUGUGUUUGCAUGGCUGUGUUUCGGUUUGAAGGGUGGGAUAUGGCAGUGAAUUUACAGGGUGCAGAGGAUUAACAUCUGAGUCCUCAGGAAUGGCAACGCAUGGGGGGGAUCAUGGGCGAAACAGUAUACUCUGUUAUGUCCAUGGUACUGCUCAUGUUUAUAGGCGACGGUUAACACUUUCCAUCAGGUGGGCCGUCAGCUUGUUUGCCAUUCUAAGUCGUAUAAAAAAAAACAAUAUAUAGAUAGUGUUGGUACAAUAUAUAUGUAUAUUGCUGUAUGUUAUCCACACACAGCAUACAAACAAAUCUGUUCAGGCGUUUAGAAGUUAAAGUGGAAUAAAGAUACACAAAUGAACCUUGAAAAUAUUUAUAGGUUAUUCAUAUAAAAUUUUUAUUUUGAAUUUGUCUACCAUCAGACUGGCCGUAUGCUUGUUGUUUGGCCCUUCGUGGUAUAAAAAGUUAACAGCAAUUAUUGUGCAAUUUGUUGGACGAAUCGCAAAAUACAUAAUAAUUGAUUACAAAACAAUUACUGAAAUGUUUUGAUGCUGUAUUAAAAGAAAUGCUAUCAGUAACUGACCUCUUUUAGCUUUGUUUUUUUUUUAAUAUUGUUUUUAUAAAUUAUUUAUUCAAAAGUUUUAAUGUUUUAAUGAAAUGUAGAGAAAAUAUAAUAAAUAUAUCUUUGUAAACAAAACCACUCGGAAAUGAUUUGACAAUGAUUUUAGCCAUUUUACUAUUUAAAUAAAAAAAAGAUAUUUGCA